AUGUUCAAGAGCAGGACGGAGCAUUUUCACGCUCUUCUCCAAUCGAACAACAGCUUCCGAUCUGCACCAACCAACAACACCAAAUCAACCAACGACCCUAACUCCACUUCCGAUCUCUUUCAACUCGAUCUCUUCAUUGAAAAGCUCUCACUCGAUGCUUCCACAUUACAAAACACUACCACACCCAUCGAAAUAUCCCCCUAUUUACUCAUCAAAGUGAAUGGAACGACCAAAGCAAAAACCCUUGCCAAACGAAACAAUUUAAAACCACAAUUUAAUCAAAAUUUUCUUCUUUCGUUAGAGAACCCCAAGAAGGACGUCAUCUCGAUUUGCGUUCAUGAUAAAGAGAGCGGAGGAGAUUUACUUGCACAAUGUGUUUUGGAUGAUUUAGAUGGCUACAUGUAUGGAAAAGUUACUUCAUUGGUCGUGGAUUUGGAAUCGGGUGCAGGCAGUAGUUCAAGAGCUUCCAUUGCAUCAUCGAGCUUGUUUCAUGAGGGAUGUUGUGGCUCAUUGUUUGUUGAUGUGAAGCCUUUGAAUUUUGGAAAAUCAUCGCCCGAACAGCAACAACAACAGAAUGCAAACCUUUCCAACAAUGGAAAGAAGAAACAGACUUUUGAUUCCAAGUUACAGGAUGAAAAGAAGAAAACAAGCGCUUCUGGCUCGACAACUCUUACUUCUUCAUCAUCAUCAUCAUCUGAAAAGGCAACAACCUCUAACAGCCACACUAAAAACCACAACAACAACAAACCAACGAAUUUGAAUUGGGAUUUAGUCAAGUCAUCAACCCAUGGUGAAAUAACUUCACAAGAGGAAUCUCAUCAUGAAAUGGAAGGAACCAAUGCGACCACAACAGAGAAACGAAAAUCAGCAUGGUUCUCCAAUAAUGGUCUCAAUUCACCCUCAGCGACACCCACUCAUUCAGAGAGUGCUUUCCAAUUCUAUGAUUUUCAAUCGGGAGAUGAAGAUGAUCUAGCUGCUGCAGCCAAUUCUUCAUGUCUCAUUCAAAUGGAGGGUGAUAAGGAAUUUGCAAAAACGAAACAACAAUUCAAAUUAUUGUACAUUAUGGCCAUUGAUGUUCAAAUGUUUGGCGAGAGAGUUCGUAAACUUGAGGAGCUUAUCGAAAAGUGGAAGCUUCCCGAGAAUGAUACUGAGAAACUUCGUCUCAAAAUUCAAACCACUAUUCAACGAGCUGAGAAGAAACGAGAAUUGUUGGAUCAAUUCCUUCCCAAGUUAUCAAAGAAAUUGCCCAAAGUAACCAAUUGUAAAUUAACCUUAAUGAAACUCUCGAAAAUUAAGCAACAAUACUCAGAGAUUGAUCAACACUAUGUACAAUUGGUGAAACUACGACAGAGUUUGGAGAGAAAGCACCGAAAGAAGAGAAUGGAACAAAUGAUGGAAUUUGAUGAAUUGAUUGAUCAAGUCAUGUUUCAACCUGCUUCGGAUCAAAUUGUGAGCAGUAUUGCUGCAAUUUCGUCUGGAAUCAAGUUGCAUAAUGAAGAUUCUACGUCGGCUCGUGUUGGCUCUUAUCAGAAACCACACAAAGAGAAUGCAACGAACACACAACAGAAAAAACGUGUAGCAAACACCGAUAGUUCCCAGCAACAACCACAAACAAUUGUAAAUACUAACUCCAAAUCUACGAAAAAGAAUGUACCUGCUACAACCAAUGAUACGACGACGACGACGCUCAUGGUAGACAGAAAAACACUUCGAAAACAAGAGCAAGCCAAACAAAAGAAACAACUUUUUCAAGCAAUUGAGGCUGGUGCAAUGAGCUCUGGAGCCAAUCAACCUGAUCAUCUCAUUCGCAAAUAUGAACAACAUCAAAAGCAAAUUGAGCAAGCGAAAGAACAAGCGCAACAAAAACAAAUUCAAUUCAUUUUGAGUACAGCCGAUGCAGAGACUAUUGAAAUUGAGAAGAAAAUUGCCAAUGAAACGAAACGUGAGUUGGAAGUCGUCGAGAGAGAUUUUGCAGAGCUUCAUGAAAUGUACGAGCAAAUGAAUGUCAUGUUGAGACAACAAGGAGAGGGCCUCAAUAUUGUGGAGAAGAAUAUUCAACAAGCAAAUGAGUAUGUGAAAGAGGGUACGGAGUAUGUGAAGGCUGCAAGUGCCAUGACAGGCACAGGAAUUCUCACAGGUGGAUUUACAAAAGCAGCUGUUUUGAGAAAGUUGCUUUCAUAG